AUGAAAUUCCUCUACCCCCUAACUAUCAUUGCUGCCGCGGCGACCGUCACCUCCGCUGCCAACCUCCCCGGCCUCAUGAAAAGGCAGGGAAACAUCGACGACCAACCCACAUGCGGCACGACCGCCGACGCGACCUUGUCCGACUGCCAGUACCUAUACGACCACUGGCCCGACUUCCCCGACUGGAGCCCCACGUGCCACUACUUCGACGGCGUGGUAUCGACGGCCUGGCGCCCCGCAUGUAAUGGUAACUGCUGCAUCUACACCGACUGGAAUGGCGGCCUCUGGGCCGACAUCCACACUGCAGUCUCUCACCUGUUGGACUGCGGCGACAAGGCAAAAAACACCGUGAACGGCGUCCUGCAGGUCGUCGACAGCGGCCGGGUGUGCCUCUCGAAUGGAAACGGGUGUGGAGACUGCUUCGAAGAUUAA